CGGAAAUUCCUGGCCUUGGUUUGGACUUCACGACGGGCAGAGAGAGAAAGAGAAAGCGGAAACUCAAUUCUUUCCUUUCUUUCUGUUCCCUCCCCCCUCUCUCCCUGUCUCUCUCUCUCUAGACUUUGUCUUCCUCCUUGAUCUGCAGCUCAAAGUUCGCUCUUUCCCUUUUCUGCAAAAUGGGUAUUCUAAAUUUGCCUUGAGGAUGGGCCAGGUCCCCUGAUGGCAGGCAUCUGUAAGGAGAAACUGGAGACAAGGGUGUCGCUAAUCGUAGAGCAAAGACAGAGAUUCGGGUCCUUUUUGUAAUGAAUAUGUGCCAAGUAUAGUUGGCUUUGGCGGGGAUCCAUAGAAAUGGCAGGAGGAAAGAUAAGGGCGAAGCUUCGCCAGAGCAACCUUUACACAUUCUGCCGUAAGCCUAAAGCCGAUGAGACAGAGGCGCCUCGCCCAAUCCAAGGAGCUGGGUUCACAAGAACUGUAUAUUGCAACCAACCUCAUUUCCAUCAAAAGAAGCCUUAUAAAUACCGUUCAAAUUAUAUAUCAACCACCAAGUAUAACGUUAUCACGUUCUUGCCCAAAGCACUCUUUGAGCAGUUCAGACGGGUUGCCAAUGUGUAUUUCCUUUUAGCUGCAAUUCUUUCCCUCACACCUGUUUCACCUUUCUCUCCAGUGAGUAUGAUUGCUCCUCUGGUAUUUGUUGUUGGUCUUAGCAUGGCAAAGGAAGCGAUGGAAGAUUGGAAUAGGUUCUUGCAGGAUAUGAAGGUUAAUCGACGUAAAGUUAUCGUUCAUAAAGGAGAUGGUGUUUUUGAUUUUAGGCCAUGGCAUAAAAUUCGGGUUGGAGAUGUUGUGAAAGUGGAAAAGGAUCAAUUCUUUCCUGCAGAUUUGCUUCUUUUGUCAUCAAGUUACGAGGAUGGGAUUUGUUAUGUUGAGACUAUGAACUUAGAUGGUGAAACAAAUUUGAAGGUAAAGAGAUGUUUGGAAGUAACCUCGCCAAUGGAGGAUGAUGGCGCUUUCAAGGAUUUGACGGCAACAAUUCAAUGUGAAGAUCCAAACCCCAAUCUUUACUCAUUCGUAGGUAAUCUUGAGUACGAUCGGCAGGUGUAUCCUCUUGAGCCCAAUCAGAUACUCUUGAGAGAUUCAAAGCUCAGGAAUACAGCAUAUGUAUAUGGGGUGGUGAUAUUUACGGGUCAUGAUAGCAAAGUCAUGCAGAAUUCAACGAAGUCCCCUUCAAAAAGGAGCGGAAUAGAAAGGAAAAUGGAUCACAUUAUCUAUAUUCUUUUCACCCUCCUUUUAGGGAUUUCAAUGAUCAGCUCAAUAGGCUUUGCUGUGAAGAUAAAAUUCAGCAUGCCAGACUCGUGGUAUUUACGACCUGAUAAUACAACGGAUAUGUAUAGCCCAAAAAAGCCUGCCUUGUCUGGCCUUAUUCAUUUGGUCACCGCUCUCAUCCUUUAUGGAUAUCUAAUACCUAUCUCUCUCUAUGUUUCAAUUGAGGUUGUGAAGGUUUUGCAAGCAAGCUUUAUUAACCAAGACUUACUCAUGUAUGAUGAAGAGACUGGGAAGCCUGCUGAAGCACGGACAUCAAAUUUGAAUGAGGAGUUAGGCCAGGUAGACACGAUCCUCUCUGAUAAAACUGGCACAUUAACCUGCAACCAGAUGGACUUUCUGAAGUGUUCCAUUGCUGGUACUGCAUAUGGCGUUCGUUCCAGUGAAGUUGAACUUGCAGCAGCAAAACAGAUGGCUAGUGACCUUGAAGACCGUGAUGAUGAGCUUGCCAAUUUUCCCAUGCGAAAACAUAAUGCGCAUGUAUCAUGGGAGAAUGGAAUAGGAUCGGAAAUUGAGCUAGAGACUGUUGUUACGUCCAAUGAAGAUAAGGAUCGGAAACCUGCCAUAAAGGGGUUUAGCUUUGAGGACAGCCGCCUCAUGGGAGGAAAUUGGAUGAAUGAGUCCAGCCCUGAUGUGAUUUCAUUAUUUUUACGGAUAUUAGCAGUUUGCCACACUGCAAUUCCAGAGGUAAAUGAAGAGACUGGCAGUUAUACAUAUGAAGCAGAGUCACCGGAUGAAGCAGCUUUUCUUGUUGCAGCAAGAGAGUUAGGAUUUGAGUUUUGUAAAAGAAGUCAAUCAGGUGUGUUUGUCCGCGAAAGGUAUCAUCAUUCAGGACGACCAGUGGAAAGGGAGUACAAAAUCUUAAAUUUAUUGGAAUUCACUAGCAAAAGGAAGCGUAUGUCUGUAAUUGUGCGAGAUGAAGAUGGACAGCUUUUACUGAUGUGCAAAGGUGCUGACAGCAUAAUUUUCGAUCGACUUUCAAAGAAUGGAAGAAUGUAUGAGGAAGCUACUACUAAGCAUUUGAAUGAAUAUGGAGAAGCUGGGUUGCGUACAUUGGCACUUGCUUAUAGAAAGCUUGAGGAGUCCGAGUACUCUGCUUGGAGUAAUGAGUUUCAGAAAGCAAAAACAUCUAUUGGGGCUGAUAGGGAUGGAAUGCUUGAGCGACUAGCAGAUAAGAUGGAAAGAGACUUGAUCCUUGUUGGUGCUACAGCUGUAGAGGACAAAUUGCAAAAAGGGGUGCCCCAGUGCAUAGACAAUCUUGCACAAGCUGGUCUCAAGAUCUGGGUUUUGACAGGGGACAAGAUGGAAACUGCAAUCAACAUAGGAUUUGCAUGUAGUUUGCUCCGACAGGGCAUGAAGCAGAUCUGUAUAUCAACCACAAAUUUAGACACGUUGGGACAAGAUAGCAAAGAGGCGGUGAAAGAUAACAUUUUGAAUCAAAUCACCAAUGCCUCACAAAUGAUCAAGUUGGAAAAAGAUCCACAUGCGGCAUUUGCAUUAAUUAUUGAUGGAAAAACUUUAACCUAUGCUUUGGAGGAUGAUAUGAAGCAUCUAUUCUUGGGAUUAGCUGUUGACUGUGCAUCAGUCAUAUGCUGCCGUGUCUCUCCCAAGCAGAAGGCAUUGGUAACAAGGUUAGUCAAACAAGGAACUGGAAAAACGACGUUAGCAAUUGGGGAUGGUGCAAAUGAUGUUGGAAUGAUUCAAGAAGCUGAUAUUGGUGUUGGAAUCAGUGGGGUCGAAGGUAUGCAGGCUGUGAUGGCUAGUGACUUUGCUAUUUCCCAGUUUCGGUAUUUGGAGAGACUUUUGGUAGUCCACGGCCAUUGGUGCUAUAAGAGGAUUGCUCAGAUGGUCUGCUAUUUCUUCUACAAAAAUAUUGCAUUUGGUCUCACCCUCUUCUACUUCGAGGCAUUCACGGGUUUCUCUGGGCAAUCAAUAUAUGAUGACUGGUACAUGUUAUCAUUCAAUGUCAUUCUAACCUCAUUGCCUGUCAUUUCACUUGGAGUUUUUGAACAAGAUGUUUCGUCCGAGGUCUGCUUACAGUUCCCAGCAUUGUACCAACAAGGACCUAGAAAUUUGUUCUUCGAUUGGUACAGGAUACUGGGGUGGAUGGGUAAUGGUGUAUACUGCUCUCUCAUAAUCUACUUCCUCAACAUUAUCAUCUUCUACGACCAGGCCUUCCGUGCUAAUGGCCAGACGGCUGAUAUGGCUGCUAUGGGUACCACUAUGUUCAGUUGCAUCGUGUGGGCUGUGAACUGCCAGAUUGCUCUCACAAUGAGCCACUUUACGUGGAUACAGCAUCUCUUUGUGUGGGGAAGUAUUGCAAUGUGGUACCUAUUUCUCUUAAUUUACGGCAUGCUGACUCCAACUUGGAGUAAGAAUGCCUAUCAAAUUCUAGUCGAAGCUCUUGGUCCUGCCCCUUUAUUUUGGUCAGCCACCCUCUUAGUAACAAUCGCUUGUAAUCUCCCCUACAUUGUCCACUUAGCCUUCCAAAGAAGUUUCAAUCCAAUGGACCAUCAUAUCAUCCAAGAAAUCAAAUACUACAAGAAGGAUGUCGAGGAUCAGCGCAUGUGGAAGAGGGAGGCGUCGAAGGCAAGACAAGAAACCAAGAUAGGGUUCACGGCGAGAGUGGAUGCCAAGAUCAGACACUUGAGAGGGAAGCUACAAAAGAAGCAUCAUACCCCUGUAAGUACGCAAGGAGGGAUGUCACCAGUCGUGACCGCGUUCCAUGAUUUUUACGGUUUUGAAAUCUUUGAUUUUUUAGGGUUUGUGGGCGAUUUCAGUUUUAUGUUGGUGGCCCUUUGUAAUUCUUUGUCUUGCUGUUGUUUUGAUCCACUUAUGUGGGGUUGGUUAAAAGUCCCAUUCUUUAUAGAAAAAGCUCUUGGAGCCGUUAUAAUGUACAAUAUCUUGUAAGGUUUAAAGUGAGUGAAGAUAGAUGUCAUUUGCCUAA